CUCGUGACACUUCCAACGCUUCCACUGCACCUGCAAUUCGCGCCGCAACAGCUGACAGACACCGAAAUGUUCAGCGGCAGCGCAAAAGGAGGUACUCUGAAAAGGUCGAGAACAGGUAUGAAACAACCCAAGACUGCGGGUCUGCUGGAGAACAGCCUGUCUCCGUGGGCUGAUGAAGAAGAGGAGGAUGAAGGGGAGAGGACUCUGUCUUUGGAGAGACGGCCUAAGCGUGAGCGGCGUCAGAGCAGUGUGACGCUGUGCAAGGUGUGUAACAUCCAGCUCAACUCUGCAGCCCAGGCCCAGAUCCACUACAAAGGCAAGACCCACCAGAGGAGGCUCCGGCAACACAACAAGGCUGCCGCCCUGAACGCACACACAGGUACUAUAUCUCAGGCCAACCCCCUCCUGGCUUCCCUAUCCCUCCCAGGACGGCCCCUACAGCCGCAGCUAGACCUCAAGCACUUCCUGCCUUUACGGGUCAAUGGCUCCACCCCCCUCAGCCUGUUCCCCAACUUCAACACGAUGGACCCAGUCCAGAAGGCAGUCAUCAACCACACAUUUGGUGUGGCCCAGCCCAAGAAGAAACAGAUCAUCUCUUGCAACAUCUGUCACCUGCGCUUUAACUCCACUAACCAGGCUGAGGCCCACUACAAGGGUCACAAGCACGCUCGCAAAUUGAAGGCCAUGGACGUUCAGAGGAAUCGACAGAGGGGCCAAGGCUCCAUGGCCGGAAGGGAGAAAGAGAGGGACAGAGAAAGAGAGAGAGGGAAAACAGGAGGGAUGGAAACUAUACCAGCACUGCUUGAUACCAGUCUCACAGAGCCAGAAGGCCUCCAGUCCAUUCCUAAACCUGUACAGCUUGAGCUAGAGGACACCCAGGGGACCCUGCUAACACCCACGUCCACCACCAAGCCCCCGCCUCUGAACACAUCCUCGCCGCUCCCCGCUCACGUCUCCCCUGCCUUGCAGCUUUUUGAGCUGACGCCCAACCGAGGCACAACGGAGGGUCCUGGCCCUGCCACCGAUCCAGCUGUUGACAUGGACCAUCCAGAUCCCCUCACGGGCCAGGGAGACUUCCCCAUACUGGGAGAAGAAGAAUCCAAGGAGGGCAAAAAGAGCCCGGAAAAGCAACAGCUCCACUGUCCUAUGUGUAAAGUCACUGUUAACUCCAAGUCCCAGCUGGAAGCUCACUAUAGUGGCUCCAAACACAAGCAGAUGUUGGAGGGGCAGGCUGGCGGACAGGUACGACGCAGGGUCCAGGUGAUGUCAUUGUCCCGGGUGCCCAUCAAAACCAAGCAGCUAAUGAGCAGUAACCGCAUGGGCAUGGUCAACCAGAUGUUUCACUGCAAGGUCUGCGAAGUGUCGGUCAACUCUGAGACACAACUUAAACAGCACAUGAGCAGCAGAAGGCACAAAGACCGUUUGGCUGGAAAGCCUUCCAAGCCAAAGUUCAGUCCGUACACCAAGAGCCAACCUAACCCUGUUUUAGCGACUUUGAGAUGGAGUUUUCCAUUUGGGGCGGUUACACCCGCCAUGGGGAAAUUGGCCAACCACUGUCUACCCAACAUUUUCUCCCCUCAGACCAAACUAGCUCUGCAGAAACACCUGCCCAAGACCCUGCCAGCAGGCUUUCUGGCCAGUCAUCUGAACCCAGCCACCUUGUGCACCAUGGCCUCCAGCCCCCUAACCCUCCGGCCGUCACCAAGCCCCUCCACCAUCAUCCAGACCCCUCUGCUCAGCCCCGCACUCUUCAGGCCCGCCCCGGGGCCCCUGAGAGCCAUGCAUGCACCUAUUAUCUUCUCACCAUAUUAGCUUACCUUAGCUUACUACAACAGCAUUGUUUUUCCCGGACUGAUCUAACUAAUGUUAAACCAGACUGAAAUAACCUGGUGGAGCCUGAUGGCCAAGCUAAGCGGCUACUUAAGAAAAACUAUGCAGUGAGGGCAGCAUACCAGCAUGCGAAGUAUCACAGGCUCAGGUCACUUAAAGAAUCUCUUCUUGUGAAUGAAUACCCUUGUGAGAACAAUAAGAUAUGGCUGGGGUCAUUCCCCCACAGCAGGUCUGGACUGGGACUGAAAAACGGGACGGGACUUUGAAACGCAGACCAGCCCACGGCCGUGUAUUAUUAUUAUUAUAUUUGUAUUUUUUUUGCAUUAUGCAGCGGCCGUUUGACCGGCCUUUCGGGAAAUCUCCCGACUCUCCCGACGGUCUGCCCCAGAGUGUCACCCCUCUACUCCACGCUCUCCAAAGACUAUUGACUCAUUCUCCUCGAGGUCUAGAUGCUUUUGGAAGCUAUGAUGAUUUUAUUAUGAUAAAUUCUUAGAUUGUGUUAAAAAAUGUGUAUAUUUAUGUUUUGUAUGUUAGUGGGUCCAUUGCCAAUAGUUCCUUUACUGUAGAGUAUUGACAUUGUUGUGCUCUGGGAGUAUAACUUCAGAUUUCCCUGUCCAGUAUUAGUCCAAACAAUACUUAAAGACCAUUUUACUUGUGUUUUUUAAUGUUUGUUCUUUUAAUAAUCCAGAGAGCUGUGUUAAUAUCUUAAGAAAAACAUAUAAGCUUGAGAAGACUACAGACCUACAUCUGACUCGUCAGGGGACACAGAAGAAAAUUCAUAAUGGGAUAUGCAGUAGGCUAACACUGAAAUGGCACAAUACGCUGAUACAGAGAGAUGUUUAUUUUUUGGGGCACAAUUAAUAAACUGACAGUACAUCUUAGUUAAACUGCAAAACUGGUUUAGGGUAGCAACACUGGUUAAGGUUUGUGUUAGAAUGAGGCUUAUAAUGUUUUUUGAUAGUUAGUUUUGAUGGUUAGCAUCUCAGAAAAUAAAGUUCUUGCAGAAAGAUGAGCAAAGGUUUUCCCACUAGCUUCUGCACUUUCCAUAGCUUGGUCUCUCUUUCUCUCUCUGUCUUUCUGUCUGUGCAUCUCUAUACAAUCAGCCGCAGUAGAAAAAAAGAGACCCACAGUUCACUGACACAUGGCUGGCUUUGGUCCAAAAUGUGCAAUAUAGAGCCUGAGUAUCAUGUUGGCUGGCUCACAAAUCUGAGUGUUUUCACAAAACAAUAAAGAUAAUGUAUUUUUAAGCUGCUAUCACCCCCCUGUAACAUCAUCUCCUUUUGCUGUGCAGAACUUUUAAAGCCUAAGCAAUAUUAUGUGUUUUGAAGUUGUAUUUAAAUGUCAAAUGGUGAAUCUCAUGGGUAGCCUAAUUGUCCAUCCAUUGCAAUACUGUACAGUAUUAUUGGUCUCGAUAAUGUCUAUGUACUGUUAUAGUUGUAUAUGACCUUAUAAAGAAAAAUUAUUUGUUUUUU